AUGUUCCGACUAAUUCCUUCCAGGGUCGGCCGUAUUUUAAAAUACAAAGGCACCCAGACCAGGGGGUUUUCGGGUGUAUACACUGGGAAGAACGUCACCACGAAGGACCUCGAAAAGAAGGACCCUAACUGGGCCAUUGAAGAAACCAACUUUUGUUUAGGAAAAGUCACCGAUAUGAUAUUCAAAGAUACUGAUGACCUUGCAAGAAGGACUCUUCAGAUAAUGGAUAGUCAGCUCAGUAGGAUGCACACUAGGCUUAGAGAUGGCACUUGCGUUCCUUACAUGACUAUGCAUCUUCACCAAGUCGUCGAUAGACCAAUUCCAAACCACGUCUUCAUCGAACAACCUCUGCUAAAAUGGACUUGGGACGAGACUUAUGACGAAGCAUACGAAGAUAUGUAA